UAAGUCAAAAUCCCUUAGGUGAGCUGGCAAGUGAGUAACCCGUGAUGACCUCCUUCUACCAUCAUUAUUCACAGUUUCUUCAGUCUCAACUACAGCAGUUUCAUCUUCCAAAGUGAUGGUUGAUGUCUCCUGCCUAGUUGUGUCCCACUUCCAAACUCCAGUUUCAUCAAUAACUACAUCUCUGCUUAUGCAAGCUGUCCCUGAUGUAGGGUCAUACAGCUUGUAUCCUCCAGUUGAAUGAUAGCCUACUAAAAUUAGAGGCACUCCUUUAUCAUCCAAUUUUCUUCUCUGCUGGUCUGGUAUGUGUUUGUAACACAAUGAGCCAAAUAUUUUCAGAUGUUUGACAUCUGGUUUCAUCCCUGUCCAGGCUUCUUCAGGUGUCAAGCCUUCCAGUCUCUUUGUUGGAGACAUAUUCAGUAUGUAAGUGGCUGUAACAACAGCCUCUCCCCAUAAAAAGUUAGGCAACCCUUUGCUUUUUAACAUACACCUCACCAUGUUCAGUAGAGUUCUGUUCUUCCUUUCAGCUGCACCAUUAUGUUGUGGUGUAUAUGGAGGAGUAACCUCAUGUAUAAUCCCUUCAUGUUCACAGAACAACUUAAAUUCAGUAGAGAUGUAUUCUCCACCUCCAUCUGUCCUUAAGACCUUUAUCUUCUGCUCACACUGCUUUUCAACCAUUCUCUUGAAUUUUUGAAACACCUCCAGUACUUCUCCUUUUCUUUUGAUUAGAUACACCCAACAUUUCCUGGUGUAAUCAUCAAUAAAAAGCAGGAAGUAUCUGCUGCCUCCUGGUGUUUCAACCUGCAUUGGCCCACACACAUCCGAAUAGACUACUCCUAGUCUUUCUGCAGAUCUCUGGGGUAGGUUCUUCUUGAAACUGCCCCUUGUUUGCUUACACUGCACAUACUCACUGCACACUGUAUCUAGAACAGUAACAUUAGGCAGCCCAUUCACCAUCUUUUUCUGUCCUAACAGAGACAGAUCCCUGAAAUUUAAAUGUCCAAACCUCAAAUGCCAAAGUCAUUCCUCCUUGUUUUCUGAGGCAGUAAAGCACUGGUGUUUCACUGCACUCAUCACAACCCUGAAUGUCCUAUUCUGUGACAGCUGGGCUUGUAUAACCAUCCUCUUCUGUUGGUUGAAAAUUCUGAGACUGUUAUCCUCCAUUUUCAUCAUAUAACCUUUCUGCAGUAGCUGUCCCAAGCUUAGCAGAUUUGAUUUUAAUCCUGGUACAUACAGUACCUCUUCAAUUGUUACAUCUCUUCCUUCCACAUCUCUUAGAACAACCCUGCCUGUGCCUUCUGCAACCAGACUUCUAUCAUCAGCAAACCUGAUUUUUCCAUGUCCAGCACCUUGAAUUCCUACAAACCAGUCUCUUCUCCCUGUCAUGUGGGUAGAACAUCCAGAAUCUAGGUACCACACAUCAUUUUCUGAUGAAACUUCUUCUGUUUUAGCCAUCAACAUUACUGGUUCUGAAUCAGAUUCCUCUUCUUGGGCCAAAUUAGCCCUCUUCUUUGGUUUGUUCUUAGCACCUUCACCACUCCAACAAUCCUUAGCAUAAUGACCCAGUUUUUGACAGUUGUAGCACUUGGCCUUCCUUUUGUCAAACUUCCAUUCACCAUUUUUCUGAGUUUUCACCUGGCCUGAUUCACUGGACUCUUCUCCUUGCUGGUCCUGUGAAUCUUUGCCCUUCUUGCCACCUUUUCCUCCUUUCUUGAACCCUUUCUUGCCUUUCCACUGAGAUCUGGCCUGCAAGGCCUGCUCCUGGCACUGUUUGCGCUCAUUGAGGCGUAACUCAUGAGCCUCUAAUGAAUGUUGCAGCUCCUCAAUGUCAAUAUUCUCCUUUCUUCGGGUUUCUUCAAUGGCAGCUACUACAUAGUCAAAUCUGGCAGUCAAGGUCCUCAGAAUUUUAUCCACAACAUACUCUUCCAUCAUCUUAUCACCACAAGCUCUCAUCUUGUUCACAAGUUCCUGCACCUUAUCAAAGUAUUCAGCCACACUCUCAUUUUCAUCCAUAAUCAAGGUUUCAAACUGUCUUCUGAGUGCCUGCAGUUUAAUCUUCGCAUUCCUGUCUCCAUCACCAUAUGUUUUCACUAAAAUACCCCAGAUUUCUUUUGCACUGUCAGCAUUUGAGAUCUUGUUGAAGAUCUUCUGGCUUACACUCUGAUAUAUCAAAAAUCUGGCCUUACUGUCCAGUUUUACCAUCAUCUUGUACUCUUUCUUCUCUUCUUGAGAUGCAUUGUCACUCAAUUUAGGCAGUUCCUGUUCAAUAACUUCCAGGACAUCCUGAAAUCCAAACACAGCACGCAUCUUGAUUCUCCAAUCAUCAAACUGCUUGCCAUCAAACAUGGGUAAUGGUCCCUGUAUACCUCCAAAGUUUGCCAUCACAAUCUUGCAAACUUUCUUGCAAAAAUCUUUUACAAAAAAUUCACCUCCUUUCUUCUUUGGAUACACGCACCACCAGAUAAAGCUCUCACACCUUCAGUAAAUUUCCACGCACCCACUUCACACACCAGGAUUCAGCCUAAGCUCUGAUACCAUAUUAGAAUGAAGGGUAAAAGGGUAAUAACCCAUGCACAGAUAAGUUUUACUUAAAAGUAAAAUAUGCACGUGAGAGAGAGAGAACUUCAGAAGCAGAAAGAAACACGCGGGGGCUGAGGGAUGAGCACCACCAGAGCUCUGAUAGGGUUCAGCCUCUCUGUUCUUCACCACCACCACACAACCGUUCAGAGCAACAAUAGAGAUGCAGAGAAAACACAGUUUCGAGAAAUCGAAAUUGACGUAGAAAACAGCACUGCAUGGGUUCAAACUGGGGCAACCCUCGGGGAACUUUACUACACGAUUAGUCAAAAAAGCAAAACACUAGGGUUUCCAGCAGGUGUGUGCCCCACUGUGGGCGUUGGGGGCCACAUUAGUGGUGGUGGCUAUGGAUUCAUGAUUCGUAACUAUGGUCUUGCUGCUGAUCAUGUAAUUGAUGCUAAGAUUAUUGACGUCAAUGGUAAUCUCCUUGAUAAAGAAACAAUGGGCGAGGAUCUAUUUUGGGCCAUUAGAGGUGGUGGUGGAGCAAGCUUUGGAGUCGUCGUGGCUUGGAAGAUAAAACUAAUUUCAGUUCCAUCAACUGUGACAGUGUUUCGAGUUUCAAGGACGUUGAAAGAAAAUGUAACGGGGAUUAUUCAACAGUGGCAACGUAGGGCAAACAAACUUAACGAGAGCCUAACCAUUAGGAUCCAAAUGGAAAGGGUAAAUUCAAGUAAGAGUGGGAAUCUAACUGUUGAAGCACAGUUUGAAUCCUUGUAUCUGGGUCGUGUAGAUGACCUCAUUCCCUAUAUGCAAAAGAGCUUCCCGGUGUUGGGUUUGGUGAAAGAAGACUGCACUGAAAUGAGUUGGAUAGAAUCAAUUCUCUUCAUGGGUGGGUUCACAAACGGUCAAUCUACCGAUGUUUUGCUGAACAGAACUCAAAACGGUUUGUUGUUCUUCAAAGCAAAAUCUGAUUACGUGAGAGAUCCUAUUCCAGACGUUGGGUUAGAAGGGUUAUGGCCUUUCUUAUAUGAAGACGAGGCUAAAGAUGCUUACAUUCAAUUCACUCCUUAUGGAGGCAGGAUGGAAGAGAUUUCAGAAUCCGAAACUCCAUUCCCACACAGAUCUGGCAACUUAUUCCACAUUCAAUACAUUGUGUAUUGGCAAGAAAAAGGGGAUGUGGCAGCACAGAGGCACGUCAACUGGAUUAGAAGAUUGUACAAUUAUACGGAAGCUUAUGUUUCAAGGAAUCCUAGAUCUGCGUAUCUGAAUUAUAGAGACCUUGACAUAGGAGUUAAUAACAAUGGUUACACAAGCUACAACCAAGCCAGUAUUUGGGGCUUUAAGUAUUUUGGUAACAACUUUAAUAGAUUGGCUCGCGUGAAGACCAGGGUUGACCCUCGAAACUUCUUCAGGAACGAACAAAGCAUACCUUCUCUUAUAUCGAAGGGACGAAAGUAGAUUUCCUUGGGUGCAGUACAUAUCAUUAUAAAAUAAGCUGUUGUUAUUUUACUUUUGGAGAAUGGAGUUUUGACACCACACUAAAAAAAUAAUGUAAUUAUCAGCUGAUAUAAACGGUUGAAAACAUCAAAAAUUAAUUGUUAUUAUGUUU